AUGUUUAAGUUUUUGUCUUUUCGUGUUCGCUCUAUACGGGAAGAAGGCAGCAUCAAAGAAAUUGCAAUCACACAUCAUGUAAAGGAAGGACAUGAAAAGGCAGAUCCUUCUCAAUUUGAACUUUUAAAAGUAUUAGGGCAGGGAUCAUUUGGAAAGGUUUUCUUAGUUAAAAAAAUCUCAGGCUCUGAUGCUAGACAGCUUUAUGCCAUGAAAGUAUUGAAGAAGGCCACAUUGAAAGUUCGAGAUCGUGUUCGGACAAAAAUGGAGCGUGAUAUCUUGGUAGAAGUUAAUCAUCCUUUUAUUGUCAAGUUGCAUUAUGCUUUUCAAACUGAAGGGAAGCUGUAUCUUAUUUUGGAUUUUCUCAGGGGAGGAGAUUUGUUUACACGCUUAUCCAAAGAGGUGAUGUUCACAGAAGAAGAUGUCAAAUUCUACUUGGCUGAACUUGCACUUGCUUUAGACCAUCUACAUAGCCUGGGAAUAAUCUAUAGAGACUUGAAACCAGAAAACAUACUUCUUGAUGAAGAAGGUCACAUCAAGUUAACAGAUUUUGGCCUGAGCAAAGAGUCUAUUGACCAUGAGAAGAAGGCAUAUUCUUUUUGUGGCACUGUGGAAUACAUGGCUCCAGAAGUAGUCAACCGUCGCGGUCACACACAGAGUGCUGAUUGGUGGUCUUUUGGUGUGCUGAUGGUAAGCUUUUUGACAGGGAGGCUACAGUUCCAAAAACUAAAAUUCUAUUACAUGGAUUUAUUUUUCAGGGCCAAACUUGGGAUGCCACAGUUUUUGAGUCCUGAAGCCCAGAGCCUUUUAAGAAUGCUUUUCAAACGAAAUCCUGCUAACAGAUUAGGCGCAGGACCAGAUGGAGUCGAAGAAAUUAAAAGACAUUCAUUUUUCUCAACAAUAGACUGGAAUAAAUUGUACAGAAGAGAAAUCCACCCACCUUUUAAACCUGCAACUGGCAGGCCUGAAGAUACAUUCUAUUUCGAUCCUGAAUUUACUGCAAAAACUCCCAAAGAUUCACCUGGCAUUCCACCUAGUGCUAAUGCACACCAGCUGUUUCGGGGAUUUAGUUUCGUUGCAAUCACUUCAGAUGACGAAAGCCAAGCUAUGCAGACAGUUGGUGUACAUUCAAUUGUUCAGCAGCUGCACAGGAACAGUAUUCAGUUUACUGAUGGAUAUGAAGUAAAAGAAGAUAUUGGAGUUGGCUCCUACUCUGUUUGUAAGAGAUGUGUACAUAAAGCCACAAACAUGGAGUUUGCAGUGAAGAUUAUUGAUAAAAGCAAGAGAGACCCAACAGAAGAGAUUGAAAUCCUUCUUCGUUAUGGACAGCAUCCAAACAUUAUUACUCUAAAGGAUGUAUAUGAUGAUGGCAAAUACGUAUAUGUAGUAACAGAACUUAUGAAAGGGGGUGAAUUACUGGAUAAAAUUCUUAGACAGAAAUUUUUCUCUGAACGAGAGGCCAGUGCUGUCCUAUUUACCAUAACCAAAACUGUUGAAUAUCUUCACGCACAAGGGGUCGUUCACAGAGACUUGAAACCUAGCAACAUUCUUUAUGUGGAUGAAUCUGGUAAUCCAGAAUCCAUUCGAAUUUGUGAUUUUGGUUUUGCAAAACAGCUGAGGGCUGAAAACGGUCUUCUAAUGACUCCUUGUUACACUGCAAAUUUUGUUGCACCAGAGGUUUUGAAACGACAAGGUUAUGAUGCUGCUUGUGAUAUAUGGAGUCUUGGUGUCCUCCUCUAUACAAUGCUCACUGGUUACACUCCUUUUGCAAAUGGCCCUGAUGAUACCCCAGAGGAAAUACUGGCACGGAUAGGUAGUGGAAAGUUCUCACUUAGUGGUGGUUACUGGAAUUCUGUUUCAGACACAGCAAAGGACUUGGUGUCAAAGAUGCUUCAUGUAGACCCUCAUCAGAGGCUGACUGCUGCCCUUGUGCUCAGACAUCCCUGGAUUGUCCACUGGGACCAACUGCCACAGUACCAACUCAACAGACAGGACGCACCCCACCUAGUAAAGGGUGCCAUGGCAGCUACGUAUUCUGCUUUAAACCGUAACCAGUCACCAGUUUUGGAACCAGUAGGCCGCUCUACUCUUGCUCAGCGGAGAGGGAUUAAAAAAAUCACCUCAACAGCUCUGUGA